GACGUCUCAGCAGCAGGCUGCAGAAGACGUCUCAGCAGCAGGCUGCUGCGGACUGUCCUGCCGACAGCAGACUGCUGCGGACUGUCCUGCCGGCAGCAGGCUGCUGCGGACUGUCCUGCCGGCAGUGGGCUGCUGGAGCAGCCGGCUGCUGCUCCAUUUCAACGGGUAAACUUCGAAAAUCGAUAUCUCAUUCACCCGUUAUCCGUUUUGAGUGUACCACGUAUCGAAUUGUAGCCCUUAACAAGGACAAUCCGAAACCAAUCUCACCCGACCCAAAUCGGAAGUGGACCCCACUCAAAAAAUUGCCCCAAAAUAGCCAUUUAAUGCAAUUUUUCACACAUUUUUCCAACAUAUAUAUACAUAUGCAAUGUGUUAUGAAUAGACACAAAGUUGAGAAGAGAAUCCAAUGCUCUAAUGUGUUGAAAAUCACUCAGGAAAAAACGUAAAAAAAAAAAAUAAUGAAAUUUAUUUUUUUUUACAUCGAAAUGUGUCUUUUUUAUUUUAUGAUUAAUCAGAGAAAAAAUUAAAAGGAAAACAUUACUUAUAAUAAUUUAAUUAAUGUUUUACUAAAUUGAUAUGUAAAAAACUGUGCAGAGUGUAUUUUAUUGACGGUGCUGGAAUGCAGAGAAUAGGAGUCAAAACAUUGUUUUCAUAUCGACGGAGUCCAUUUUUGACAUUUGGACUCUUGCACCACUCCAAAUGGUCUAAGACCAUUUCUAGUGGUCAAGAGUCUAAAUUGUUAAAUUUAGACUCCUUCCAUAUGAAAACAGUGUUUAGACUCCGUCAAUACUAUAUUUUCCUGCAUUCGUGCGCCGUCAAUAAAAUACACUUAGCAUAUAUUUUUUACAUAUCAAUUCAGUAAAACAUUAAUUAAAUUAUUAUAAGUAAUGUUUUACUUUUAAUAUUUUACCUAAAUAAUUAUGAAAUAAAAAAUACGCAUUUCGAUUAAAAAAUAAUUAAAUUUCAUUAAUUUUUUCAACAUUUUUCGGUUAAGAAAAUGAACUUAGCUCAAGUAAACUGCGAUUAUGAAUAAAUCAGUUAUUAUGAAAAUUCAGUUACUUGAACUUAGCUCAAGUAAACUAGCUCAAUUAAAAAUUUGUGAUUCAUGUUUUUUUUGGACUCAAAAAAACUUCAACGUAUUUAAAAGUUGAGAUUUUUUAUUUUAUUUUAUAUAUUACAUAUUGGUGUCAUACGAAAUAUCACGAAAAUUCAUGAAUUUUGAUAUGUUUUUUGAAAAACCCGGAAUACAAUUAAAAAAGUUAUAAGAGUUUUAAAAAAAUUGAGGUUUAAUGACACAGGGAUGACAUCGUCAUUUGAGAGUCAAUCCACCCUCUAUUAAUAAGACCCUCAACCCCUUACCCACUUUUAAGACCUCUCUCAAUCCUCCACUACACACAUUUAGGAGUCCAAAAGUUCCAUUUUUAACUUUUUUGACUCCUAAAACAUUUCCACUCCAAAUGGUCUAAUGGGUAGUGUAUAUAACUACAUAAUCAAUUAAUCAUCACACAAUCAUAAUUUCCCAAAAUGAAAUAUUGUUUCGUCACAAUGGAUAUUGUUAAAUUAGAGAUAGAUACUUCCUUCGUCCCUUUUUAAAUGUUCCGUUUUAUCACAUUGAGAUGUCCUUAUUUAAAUGUCUCAUACCUUGUUUGGUAAAGUUUGUGUGGCUCAUAGGGUUUACAGUCGUCAUAGUUGGAGUCUAGUAGUUGGUGUCUUCCUUUGUUUGAUGUAAUGGUCUUGAAACUUGUAUUCAAAGCCAACUAGCUAAUGACCUUUUGAGUUAAUAAAGUUUGUUGGAGUUGAUGAUAAAAAAAAAGUUUGUGUGGUCAAAAUCAUUUUUACUUUAUCAAUUAAUAUCAAUAACACAAAUUUACUUUUCUUAAAACUCGUGUCACCCUCUUUCGGGACAUUUAAAGGGGAGUAUAAAAUAUGAAAAGUGAAAAUAUUAUAUAGGGGUAUGAUUGAAGUUUGUUGAGAGAAGCUAAGAAUGAGCAGAACGACUAGACAAUGACUUAGGAUAAUGGUAAAAAAAUUAACAAAAAAGUUGAUAUGUAGUAAAAUCUAAUGGGACAAGGAGUAUGACACUCUAGACCGUGUUUUUGUUUAUGAGAAUAACCAUUCAACUUUUUUACUAAACAUGUGACUUUUGAUUUCGUAUGAUGAAUUAUGUCUCAAUCAAAAUAAGUAUGAUUGAAGUUAUUGUAGAGAGCUGCUUUAGUUAUUUUUCCAUAUAACAUUUUCUUUAUUAUAUUAGUAAACACCCCCUCCAGUUUUUAAUGAACUUUACACUUUUUUUAUGUACCAUAUUAAACUUUACACUUCCUUAUUUGCCUUACAGCAAAUAUAUACCAAACGGUGUAAAACAAUGUCAAAUAGUGUCAAACAGUAUACUCUACAGUAAAGUCAAAUUUAUUUCCUUAAUAUGUGUGAAGUCAAAGUGUCAAGUUCAUUAAGAACCGGAGGGAGUAUGUAAUAUAUGUUUUCAUAUUUCAGCAAAAUAAACCAAUUUAGACACUUUAAUAAGAACUUCAUAAAUUUGAGUAGAAUUAACUGAUAUAGACAAAUCGAGUGUUCCAAACGGAGUAAAAAUUUUAAAGAACCACAAAAUACUAUCCUAUAAAUGUGAACUUGUCAGGCCCCUGUACAAAAUUUGAUAAAAUACUCCGUAAUAAUAAUAUCAGAUGCACAUAUGCUUGUAUUCCAACUAAGACAAAUGAAUCUUACUCAUUCAUGACGUCCCCGUUCUCCUUAUUGAGCACAUUAGCGUGUUCCAUAAGUCUACUAGUAGAUAUAGAACCCGUUUGGUAGCACGAAAAUCGGCUGAUUUGGCUGAUUCUGCUGAAAUUUAUGAAAUUUUGGCUGAAGUAGUUGUAUUGGCUGAUUCUGCUGAUUUAAGAAAAAAAUAUUUUUAAAAUAUAUUUCAUUAAUAAAAUAAAGAAAAAAUUAUAUGUAAAAAUAGCUAAAAUGAUCCUCUACAAUAACUUCAGCCAAAACAGCCAGAAAAGUAACUCCAACCUUACUUUUUCUACUUAUUACACAAUUCAGCGCGCAAAAGCAAAAAUCACGUGUUUGGUGAAAAAGUUGGCUGAUAAGCCUGAUAAAUCGAAAACCAGUGGUUCCAAACGGCCUCAUAAACAAGCGAUAGUAUUAAUAUUCACUUAGGGAAGUGUCCUCGAUAUGGAUUCUUAAAGAUUUUAAAGGAAUUUAGAAUUUCAUCGAAAAUUUUGUAUGGAAUCUACGAAAAUUCGGCUGUCCUCAAACUGUCCUGAUUCUUUUAACUCUUGUAUCGUUAAGGAUUUACAUGGAUUCCAAAGCUAAAAUACAAAGCAUCUUCGGAUUUGAACAAAGCUAGAAGCAGAGCUCGGCUAAUCCGCCGUUCUUCUAUCUGUCUUCCGUAUCAGCUAUUCCUCUCCACCAGAAAAUGGUGGUUAAUUGAACGAAGUCUCUGUCCACCACCAUGGAUAGACGCAGACAGAUCGAUAGACGAAGCAGGGAAAAAGAAGUUCUCUGUCCACCACCAUGGUCCAAUCUAGUUUGUCCUCCUUCAAGAGUCCUCACUUAUAGAUCUUUCGAGUCCUGAAUUGAUAAUUAAUCUAUCUUGCGGGUCCCGAAUUGAAAAAAUUCCUUCUUUUCUAUCUUUUAAUUUCCUAAACGAUUUGAAAUGCUUUGCACAUAUAACAUGAGAGACACCAAAACUAAGUACUUUGUAUGUGACAUUUCUCUUUCUUUUAACGAUAUAAUAUACUAUCCUCCGUAUUAUAAUAGUUGCAACAUUUGAAUUUACACACUAUUCAUGUACUCUACUUUGAUCACAUUUUAUUUAUUAAUGUAUGUGAAUUAUUUUUUUAAAAUAUUGUUGAAUUCAUCUCAUUACAAAGUUUCAUAAUCUGAUUUUUAAAAGUUUUUUACUAAUAGAGAAAUAAAUAUAAUGACGGUCAAAGUUGUGCAUCGACAAGCGUGAAAAAAAUGAAUGUUGCAACUAAAAAAAGGAACGGAGGAAAUACAAUUUUGGAACGUUGUCUCAAUAAUGUCAGGUGCAAUAUCUACAAGAUUGUCUCACACCCUCAUACCAAUUUGAUAAAUAAAGUUUGUAUGACUUAUGUCUUUUUUACUUUAUUAUUAUCACUUUAUGAAUUUAAUAUCAACCACCAAUUUUUUUUUCCUCAAUAAGCACACCACUUCUUCAUAUUUCAAUGUUAGUGAGACGUAACAUGUAAGUAGUCUAGUAGGUACUACUCUCUAAUUAUUAUAUGUGUUUAUCUCUCUCAUACCACUUGUGUGCAAUAUAUAUUUAAUAAUGAAGCUCUAAGAUAUGGGGAUAAUGACAUGUGUCUCCCUAAUGGGGGGCUUCUUCGUCAAUUUUUCUUGUUCUAUUGUAAGAAUGCAUUUUCAAUGAUAUCCCCACUUAAACUAGGGGUGAUUGUACAUGAAAUUAGUAAUAAAUUUAAAAAAAUCAUUGACUUCAAAUAUUUUGUAUAUUAAAUAUGGAUUUAAAAAGUGCAAUUUUUUAGGCGCAGUUAAACGUUCGUGCACUCGUGUGAAAUUAUAAAAUUAUACAACGUAAAUUAUUGGGGACUUUGAACUCAUUCUUACAUGAUACAUCAAUUCUAUACUAAUUUUUCGUUCUCUCCCGAAAGAUUUUUUAGGACUUUUUUCGCAUUUUACAUGUCACAACUAAGCAUGAACACGGUUCCAGAAUCAAGUGAUUGAUUACUAUCAACCAGUGCUAGACUGGUACCAUGUUGGGGGUAUGAGGACAAUUUUGCUAUGCAAGGUUUACAAAUUGAAAUCUCGUUUAUUUUAGCAUUUUAUGAUAUACGAAGUAUAAAAUCUCAACAAAGAGCUCAAUACUGGUAUAUAAGAUACAUUUAAG